UUUCCAGACCCAGAAAAGCAAAAAGUCUGGCUCGUCACAAACCCUCUCUCUCUAUCUACAUCUCUCUCUCUCUCUGUCAUCUCCAUUACCAGAAGUGUUCGUGCACCACUGUUCUGUUUUCGUUCGGGUCUAAAUAAGAUGAGAAUGAGAUUGAAAUGAGACCAAAGAGAAGAGCUGCCAAUUCCUCUCUCCCUCUCCUUGCAUCUGCACAAUCAGAUGGGCCGCCGCCUCCGCCAUGUCCUUUCUCUCUCUUCUCAAUCAAUUUUCAUCCUCCUCUUCUUAUUCACUUCUUUCUCACCGGCUAAUGGGAAAACUAAUCUUACCCGACCUUCUUUCACCCCCAUCAACCGCGAUCUUUACCAUAACAGUGACAGUUUGAUGGAAGAAAUUUCAGCAUUGGUCCAUCGUCACCCACACAAACUAUAUAUGGAGACGAUUGGAAGUCAAAAUAAGGGCUACCGUGCCGAGAUGACCGUUGUUACCUAUUGCCUGAACAGGACAGAGAUUGAUGACAAGUUAAAGUACCGGGUUCUUCUUAGUUUUGGGCAGCACGGAAGGGAGCUCAUCACAUCUGAGCUUGCAUUAAAGAUUCUCUCCAUCUUAAGUGAAGAGCAAUUUCUACCUAACAUGGAUCCAAUUAUUUUGAAGGGCACACUUGAGAGGCUUGUGAUAAAGGUGGUGCCAAUGGAAAAUCUGAAUGGCCGCAAACUUGUUGAAGAGGGAGAUCUUUGCGAGAGGCGAAAUGGAAGAGGAGUUGAUCUCAAUCGAAAUUGGAGUGUAGACUGGGGCAAAAAAGAGAAGGAUUAUGAUCCAUAUGAAGAAAAUCCUGGAGCUGCUCCUUUUAGUGAGCCCGAGACCCAAAUGAUGCGGAAACUCUGCUCAUCGUUUGAACCACACAUAUGGGUUAAUGUGCACUCUGGGAUGGAGGCGUUAUUUAUGCCUUAUGAUCACAAAAAUACAACCCCUGAUGGAUCACCUUCUCAGAGAAUAAGAUUGAUGCUUAAAAAGUUGAACCAUCUUCAUUGCAAGGACAAUUGCGUGGUUGGAUCAGGAGGUGGCUCUGUUGGGUAUCUGGCUCAUGGGACAGCGACGGAUUACAUGUAUGAUAUUGCAAGAGUGCCCAUGGCUUUCACCUUUGAGAUAUAUGGAGACAGAACAGCAUCCUCGAAAGACUGCUUUAAAAUGUUCAAUCCAGUUGAUCAUACUACCUUCAACUUAGUUCUCAAUGAGUGGUCUGCUGCAUUCUUGGCAAUGUUCAAUAUGAGCACUCACCUGCUCGAUGAACUACGUUCAAAGACCUCAGAUUCCGACAAGUUAGUGUCGAUAGAGGACUACAUGAAUGGCUAUCUAAUGGAGAUGACUAGUAGAUAUGGGAAGAAGAAGGAGGUACUUGAGCUUGGAAUGCAGGAGAUUCGCACGUAUUUCAGGUUAUUCAUUUUAUCCUCGGUAUUGUUGAUGUUUAUGUUUUGUUCUAGAAUCUCAAAGAGUAGCAGACCAAUUGUUUCUGGUAUGCCCCUCUGAUAUAUUUUCAUGGGCUAACAAUCAUUAGAUGUGCAUAAUUCUUGAUCCUUUAUUGGUCAAUUUUCCUCAUAAUGCAAUUGCUCACGUAAUUUCAUCA